UCUGAGAAAGUGGGAGGAUUUGAGAGGGAUAGAAAGAUUUGAGAAGUCAGACAAAGUGAUUAUGAGAGUAAACUCAUCAAGACAACAGUGUUAGCAUUUGCUUUUGAUGUCAGCGGUAAUUUGAAUUGCCACAGAAAGACCACUGUAGGCAAAGGAAAGGUUCAACCGAGCUACUAACAUGGAGUUUACCAGGCGCUACCUGCCGCUGGAAUGGGAAGAGCGAUGGAGAAAAGAGAAAGAGAGGAGAAAAAGAGUGAUUGAAGAAGGUGGAGAAGAGGGUAUAGAACAGGACAAACGUGAACUGAGGAGGAUUGUGGCUUACAAUGACUCCAGGAUGGGGCUGCCGAGUGGUCAUUGUAAAAAAGAGGGGUCAGAGGUCAGGAUGAGUGGUGGUCAGGAGGGAACUGGGGAGCAAAUGAGCAAGGGGGCUAUUGGGGAUGAAGGACUUGGCGAUAAUGUCCAAAUGUACCACAGCGAAACCUAUCCAAAAGACGUUUUCAUGGCUCUAAAAAACUUUCGGGAUUCAUCUCUUCUCACAGACCUGACUCUGGCCACUGACGAUGAGAAUACCUUUGACGUACACUCACCUAUCCUUGCUGCUGUCAGCGCCGUCAUUCGAGAUAGGCUCAUGGAUGCAAGUGGAGAACAAUCGGACAAUAAUAAGGACGUAGGAGCCCAAAGGUGGUCAGUGUCUCUCGGUCCGGAGGUUGGUCAAGUUGGGCUACAGGCAGUUGUGGAGUUUGCAUACACUGGAGCUUUACUGACUUUGAACAAAGACAGUAUGGCUUUGAUUAAGGCGGCAGCUGAAGCAUUGGGCGUCAGGAGAUUGCUGGAUCUCUGCUACAAAGAGGAGCUGAUGAAGGAUGGUGAAAGUCCUAACAAGAAAGGUCAAAACAUCCCUGCUCUAGAUCAGCUGAAGGUCACUCUUCAGUCCAUUAAACAGUUACAGGCAGAUAGAGUAGGCUGUGAUGUGGUCUUGGAUGUGGACGGAGGCUUAUUCCAUGUCCACAGAGUUAUUCUGGCAGCGAGCAGUGAGUAUUUCCGUGGCAUGUUCACCUGCGGGAUGAGGGAAUCCCAUCAGACCUGUAUCGCCCUUCCCUUCCUGUUAGCUUCUGAGUUAGAGCCUCUGAUUGGCUGCUCCUACAGUGGGACCCUCCCACUUAGCUGGGACUGUGUCUUCGAGAUCACCUGCACUGCCCUCCAGCUUCAGUUCCAGCCUGCCCUCUCGCUUUGCCUCGACUUCAUGCGACAGGAAAUAGAGGCAAACUCGUGCCUGGAUGUGGCAUCUUUUGCAGAAGCCUACGAGAUGUCAGAGCUGCUUGAGGAAGCCAAUGACUUUAUCCUGAGGAACUUCUGGGACGUCUCAGCCACGUCAAAGUUUCAGGACCUACCAGCAGAGAAGCUUCUAGACAUUCUCCGCAGUGAUGGUCUGUGUGUGCCCUCAGAGUUGGCUGUAUUUCGAGCCGUAAUAUCCUGGGUUGAGGCUGAUCCUGAGGAGAGACUUGGCCAGGCUGGCGUACUGAUGACCGGAGUUCGGUUCCCUCUCAUGACCUUUCGAGAGUUCAGGGAGGUCAGGGCCAUUAACCUGCGCAUGGAGAGCUAUGGAGACAAGGAGGUGGAACUCUAUGGUUCAGCACUUAAGGAAUUUGGUUUCAGCCUCCCAAAUGCCCAGGAUUUAUGCCGGGUUCGGCAUCCCAAAGACACUCUGGUUGUGGUUGGGGGAGACCGGCUGGACCCAGAUAUGGGUCAGCGUAAACCAAGCAAGGAACUGUGGUUUGCAAACUCUCUACGCAGUGGUACAGGGUUGGUGAAAGAGAUGGAGUGGAGGAGGCUGGGUGAGGUGCCAGACAAGCCAAAGUUCAGGCACGGAGUAGCAGCAAUGGCGGGAAAGUUGUAUGUGCUUGGAGGAUGCCACUUCUACACCAAGGAUGACGUGAUGAAAUCUGCCUACAGUUAUGAUCCUGUGCAGGACAGCUGGUGGAGGCUCCCCGACAUGCAGGAGUUUAGAAGCAACUUCUCAGUGGUGGUACACGAGGAGCAUCUUUAUGCCAUUGGUGGAGAUAAGGAGAUCAACACCAAUGUGGACAGCGUCGAGAUGUACAACCCAGACACCGACUCCUGGAGCUUUGUAAAGCCCCUGGACCAGGCUCUGAGCGGCCAUGCUGUCGCUGUCAUCAAUGGAGGAAUCUUCAUCUCUGGAGGUUUCAACUGUGAGUAUGUGUGUUUGGUUUCCACGUUCCUAUACCACCCAGAGAGAGGAACCACCUACCUGGCAGACAUGACCCAUGACCGGGCCCAGCACUGCAUGGAGCCCCUGCGAGGCCAUCUUUACGUGGCCGGCGGUGUUUGUAACCUGAGGAAGUUUUACACUGACCAACAAGCCUGCGAGGUGUAUGAUCCUGUGGCCGAUUCCUGGACAGCGUUUGCCCCACUGCCUGUGCCCCACGUGGGUGCAGCCUCAGCUGUUCUGGAGGAGAAGAUCUAUGUACUGGGAGGAUACUGCCAGGACGAUUACAGUGAGUCUGGACUGGUCCACCGAUUCGAUCCCAGCACUCAGCGAUGGGUGAACAUGGGCAAACUGCCUGGGGCUAUUACGGACAUACGAGGGUGUCUGCUCCGAUUGCCCCAGCACUUUAGACUUUAGUAACUGUCUGGUCAAAAUGAUAAAGAGAAGAUGAAGAUGAAACUGAUGGACAUUUUUGGUCAAUGUUAUCCCCAAAUUCACUGUUUUAUUGGAAAA